CUUCGUAAAGCUGGCCCCCCUAAAAGUGAAUUCUGUGUGGUCUUAUCAACAAACACAGAUAAUCUCAAAGAAUUUCUUAAAAAGCUAUUCGAUCAAUUGGAAAUUGGAGGGCAAUGGAUCGAAGAUUCUUAUACGUUUAUUGGUAGUACAAAUAUUAAUACUUGGUCGCGUGCUGCUCGUCGGCAAAAAUCGAAAACAGAUUGCCAAAUAGAGCCAUCUACCAUAGUUUCUACAUCAACUGAUGAGUCUUUAUUUGAGUUUACCUGUAAUAUUGAGCCAUGGAGUGUUAACACUAAUACUUCUAAGAUUACAUUUUCAUGGACAAAUGGCAAAGAUCGAAGUAUUUUUGAAUCAUUUUAUGCUCAUGUUAAGAAAAAAUUGGAGCAGGAGUUUUCCACUGACGAAUAA